AUGACCAGCCUCAUUUUUCAUUUCGUACAUUUUUUACACGCACAGAGGUCACAGUGACGCUCUUAAAUGAUUGCUGUUAGUCGGACGAAGUAACAUAACGACGUAAAUAGAAAAACAUUUUCUACGGCAUGCGAGGCAUUUCUGCAACAGAGCAGUAUGAUACAGUCACAGAGUUACACUGGCACGCGACUUCUCGUGUAAACAAGCAAAACUGGAUCAAAGUGCUCGAUAUGCCGACGAUGAGUGACGAACAUCGUCUAAAUGAUGCUUAUAGAUCAGAUAAAGACCUCACGAAAUGUUGCCAAGAGAUUAAACUCGUCUCUAUUCAUAUGUUUUCGGAGAACUACUUUGAACAAUGUUGUGACUUGGAGAAUCGUGCUGGAGCAUUUAUAGAAUUUGGGAAUGAUUCAAAAUUAGAUUGUCAGUGAAUAGAAUGUCAUACUAGUAUUCGUCAUCAGUGCUCUUGUUAUCUGAGCAACACUGAUUGUGAACACUGACAUACAUGUAUCUUGACGAAUAUGAAACAAAUCGAGUGCACACACAAAGUGAUACCAAAUACCAUUCUUCAUUACGUUAUUGUGGAAUGUUAAUUUUGUGAAAUACUUCGAUGAUAAUGUAUGUUUACACAUGUGUGUCAUCAACUUAUAUAGGAUUGUGAAACAGUAUCAUUCUUUAACAGUAAUGUGAAUUACAAAACAUAUACUUGUAACUGAACACUUAUAGCUCAGUGUGGAUAAAAACGAUCAGGAAGAAAACACAAUUAUGAUUCAUGAAACAAACUUUAAACUACAAUGGGUGCGUAUCAAUCCUUAAAACUUUCAAGAGGGUCGAGAACGUCACAUAAAUGUUGAGAAACUGUGAUUUAAAUAAAUAUUCGGACACUUCAAGUUUUCGGUGCUUUCGUUGUCACACAGCAGAUUUCCUUUAUGAGUUUAGGUUUAUAUAUGAUGGAAUAUAACUCCGCCUCGGAUAUUACCACAGCUGAACGAAAAAUUUCAACGUUAACAGAAACGUCGGACAGUGGUGUCAGUUCAAAUAAUGACGAAUUGAGGGCCUACGACGUCAUGACCGUAAAUAUGCUGCAGGCGAGACCCAAGGGGCGGAUAUCUAUAGAUGCAAGCCAUCAUAUUCCUCGGGACUUUGGCCGACUUCUGACCUCCCGGCAACUAUCCAAUCGUCACUCUUGUUCGCUUCCAGAUAUUCUGGACAUUGACAAUCUGUGUGAUAUAGGCGGUUCAAGUAAUGAUGUACUAAACAAAACCGGCGAUUCUUCAGACCUGAACCAGUCUUUUGAGGAAAAUGACGAUAAAAGUAUAAAGGGUCAUUCUAAAUACCGUGCCGAUUCGCUCAUCCCAGUGCACGUAUGCGGUAAGGAGCACGUGGAAGAUCCUUGUUUUAUAUGCAUGAAGGACAAUGAAAUAUAUUGUGGCAUUUGCGUGAAGGUUCACAAUUACCAUUGUAAGGAACAGGUCAAGUUCAUACCAGAGAUCCCACCAGAAUUACGUCAAAAAUACUGCGAGGACGCUGUAAACCAACUCAAUGUUAUGCGAGACCGAUAUUUGAAAAUCAAACAAGAAAAUGAAGAACUUCAAGUGCAACUAAAAGCCUCUAAGAAAGACUUUAUUAGAUCGGUUAUGAAAUACAAGUCACACAUCAUAGUUGUAAUUGACAAAAUGGAAAAAGAAGCCUUACAAGAAAUGGACGUUUUGUAUAAAUCUGAAAUUGCGAAAUUAGAAGGGACUAUGACUAAAAUGGAAAUGGAAAUAACCAAUCUAAAUAGCUACUUAAAGUUUCUGGAAGGCAGCGAGACUUCUGUGGAAAAUUCAGUGGUAUUUGAAGUGCAGGAAGCAAUUAGUCGAGUUCAAAGCGACGAAAAUAUCAUAAGAGAUCACCACAAAAUGGUGGGGAAAGUGCAAUUCCAUUUCGAGCCACUUAAAAAACUAACCGACAUAUUAGCAGACUUCAAUUCACUCUUCAGCGUUUCCCAGACAGAAGUAGAGAUCUGCAAAUUUCCCAUGCCGUGUUCUUGUGAUAAGCCCUACGCCAAUAAAUAUGCGGAGAAAGAAAAGGAAGUGUCCGCCCGUCUGUCUGGAUGGUCGUUUGACCGUGAGCGGUGCUGUAUUACAGGGUGUGAGUUUAUGGACAAUGGAAAACUUCUUACGUGUGACAAUGCCAACAAAAAAAUCAAACUGUUUAACAAAAAGUUAAAGUGUAUUUCUGCGCAGAGUUUACCCAGCCAGCCGUGGGAUAUAGCUGUUAUAGAUGACGAGCGAGCGGUUGUGACCAUACCCGACCGCAAGCAACUUCAAUUUUUGACUGUGAUACAUAGGAAAAUUUCACUGAAACAUGCAACAAGUCUGGAUCAGAACUGUUGGGGAGUAUCUUGUGAUGCAGACUCUAUAUUUGUCACCAAUUACUCCCCGGAAACAUCAGAAGUAGUAGUGCUAAACCAUGACGGUGUGUUGCAGCGUAGAAUAUACGGAAUGACCUUUCAUACUCCGUGGUUCAUAGACCGCUUCCAGGACAUGCUCUACGUAUCCGAUUGGGGUACGUUUAACGUGCAGACCAUGACGCGCGGUGGCGCACUCACUAACAGCUACCGUAACAGCUACCUUGUCGGUCCGCUAGGUGUCACCCACGACCCGGAAGGGAACAUUUACGUGUGUGGCCGAGACUCAAACACCGUCCAUCAGAUAUCGCCCGACGGCGUUCUACGUCAAAUUAUCUUACGUGAGCGCGAUGGAGUAAAACAGCCACUGAAUAUCUGCCACCGGCCGUCGGACGACAGGCUGGUCAUCACCUCGUGGAUGUCCGACAAAAUGACUGUAUACAAACUAUGCUGAAAGCUGUUUACACAUUAAGGAUGUUAUUUGCAUAUUUAUAUAUAAAUAUUAAUAACAUCGUAUAUUAUAGUUAUUAUUUUAUAUAUUCUUAAAUGUGCAAUAAGCCAUCAAAUAUAUAAUGGACUUAAAUACGUAUUCAAAUAUUUUUCAUAAAAGGCACAUUUAUGCUAAGCACACAACUUCAUGCAUGUUUCCUUAUUUGAAUAGUAUUUAUGUUUAUAUAGCUACAUGUAUACCAAUAUUAUUAUGUUGCCACUUCUUACAACUGUACUGUAAUACAAUAAAAAAGGAACUUUG